CUAGCCCCGUUACGCACUCGCCUCGCGUUCACAUACUCGGGGAGGGCAGUAGAAAGGUGAUCAAUCUUCAUCAGGCUACAUUUCCAAUCACCUAAACAACCGAGCAAGACAAGCCACUCCGACAAGGUUGGUUGCCCGGCGGGUCCCUGUGAGAGCGCGAGGUAGAUGGUGAGCGGCCCCGGCGGGUGAGGGCAGGCCGGGCCCCCGAAGCAACAGCGCUUGAGGACCACAAGGUGGGAGCUCUGCUCGACUCCUGGCCUCAGGCUUCCUGGAUCCGUCGGGGCGUCUCCACCCGGCUGUUAGCAUGAUGUCUUACCUCAAACAACCCCCAUAUGGCAUGAACGGGUUGGGCCUGGCCGGGCCUGCCAUGGAUCUCCUGCAUCCCUCCGUGGGCUACCCGGCCACCCCACGCAAGCAGCGGAGGGAGCGCACCACUUUCACACGCUCACAGCUGGACGUGCUGGAGGCACUCUUCGCAAAGACUCGCUACCCCGACAUCUUUAUGCGUGAGGAGGUGGCGCUCAAGAUCAACCUGCCCGAGUCCAGAGUCCAGGUUUGGUUUAAGAACCGCCGCGCCAAAUGCCGCCAGCAGCAGCAGAGCGGGAGCGGAACCAAGAGCCGCCCCGUCAAGAAGAAGUCUUCCCCUGUGAGGGAGAGCUCGGGCUCGGAAAGCAGCGGGCAGUUCACACCGCCGGCUGUGUCCAGCUCCGCCUCGUCCUCGAGCUCAGCCUCCAGCGCCUCCGCCAACCCCGCGGCUGCGGCUGUUGCAGGCCUGGGUGGGAACCCGGCGGUAGCCGUCGCGUCGUCGCUCAGUACGCCGGCCGCCUCGUCCAUUUGGAGCCCAGCCUCCAUCUCACCCGGCUCAGCGCCCGCGUCCGUGUCAGUGCCGGAGCCGCUGGCGGCGCCCAGCAACGCCUCGUGUAUGCAGCGCUCCGUAGCUGCAGGCGCCGCCACCGCAGCAGCCUCCUACCCCAUGUCCUACAGCCAGGGCGGCAGCUACGGCCAGGGCUACCCCGCGCCCUCCUCCUCCUAUUUUGGCGGUGUGGACUGCAGCUCCUACCUAGCACCCAUGCAUUCGCAUCACCACCCGCACCAGCUCAGUCCCAUGGCGCCCUCCUCCAUGGCGGGUCAUCACCAUCACCACCCGCACGCUCACCACCCUUUGAGCCAGUCCUCAGGCCACCACCACCACCACCAUCACCACCACCACCAGGGCUACGGUGGCUCCGGUCUUGCCUUCAACUCUGCCGACUGCUUGGAUUACAAGGAGCCUGGUGCCGCGGCUGCUUCUUCUGCUUGGAAACUCAACUUCAACUCCCCCGACUGUCUGGACUAUAAGGACCAAGCCUCGUGGCGGUUCCAGGUCUUGUGAGCCCGGGGAAAAAGGAAGAAACGAAACGCAACUACCUGUGCCCUCCGUGGUCCCAUCCUAUUGCUGCUGCUGCACCGCCCGCCUUUGCCUAAGCUUCCCAUAACCGAAUUAUCACCUCCCUUUCCCCAAAGAUGCCCACUGCCCGCACUACCACCCCUAUUUUGUGCCAUUUGCUUUGGGGGUGGGG